AUGGAUGUCCCUUUCUACAUAUCGAAGCGCGUUGACCCGCUGCGUGACCGCAGCAUAUUCAAAAGAAGAAAUUCGGAGGCCCCAAAUGCAGUGGCCCAUGGCUUCAUCACUCCUCAGCCCACAAUUGCCCGACCUUCUGAAGCACUCGAUGCCAGAGGCCCUCUCUCACCCUGGACGGCCCCUGCUGCGGGCCAUGCCUCACAGCAGCCAGCCUGGUCGCCUCACCACUCCCUGACCAACUCUGCAAGCGAGUUCAACCGCAGCGACAUCGCCAGACAGAUCAGGGCCAAUUUCGACAGCCUCGCUGUUGAAUCGCUGGUGGUGCCAACGGGGGGCACGCCAGUCGCCCACCGACAGCACUGGCGCGCGCAGCCGCCAACCUUUGCCGAGGCAGCGACGACGCCGCUUGUUGGGAGCGGCACUGCGAUUGCUCAGUGGGGGGCGGAAAGCGGGCAGCAUGCAGCCUGGAGGCCCGUUCCAAGCCCACACCCAAACUUCACCGUUGCAUGGCCGCAAGCCAACGCUGGUGUAGCAGUCACGAGUCAGCCGUCUCAACUGCAGAGGCCGCAGCCUGUGAGGGCCAGCCCUGGCCCUGCGAGUGCCGGCCUCCUGCAGAGCGUGCUGGCCGCAUCUCCGGCGCCGUCGCGGGCAUCGCAGAUGCACUCGCCUCUCAUAACAACAGCCCAUCUUGGCAGUGGUAAAGCCCUGGGAUCAGCUGCAGCCCAGGCCAGCCCUGGCACGCCAUCAGCACCACAGGGAGGACCAGCUGCCAGUGGAUUUCGAGUCCCUCCCAGCCGUGACCCUCGAUUGGCUGCGAGAAAUGCCGCUGCCUCCCCGGCCACCCCACAUGCGCAGACGCUUUCCCCAGUCUCCCAGCAGGACGCGCGCAUGCCGCACCGGGACCCCAGGCUGAAGGGCAGUGCGCAGAGCAGCGGGGAGCAGACGCCGGCAGCGCGGCGGGAGCCUGAAGCGAGCCCGCUGGCGGAGUUUCUGCCGGUCGCUGCCGCUGUGCAGUCGCAGGCGGAGCAGCAGCCGGACGCAGAGCAGCCCGACUCAGAGGUGGGGCAGGCUGUGUGGGCGCUGGAAGGGGCACACCUGGCGGGGGAUGAGGAGCGCGGCAGGCUGCAGGAAGCUCUGCUGGAGACAGGGCCAGCCUGCCAACCGCAGGACUGCGAUGCUGCGCCUGGCACCCUCGGCCCGUUUCCGGAUCUGCUGGAGCCCGCGCAUGCGAGUGGCACAGGCCCAGAGGAGGGAACAUCGGCGCCGGAGGACGCCAUGGCGUGCCCUGGCUGGCAGGUGGAGGCAUUUCUGAAUGACAUGGGCAGCGAUGAGGAGCCUGGCAGGCAGACAGCGGCCGGCAGCGGCCCCCGAAGAACCCAGGAGCUGCCGUGCAAGGAGAUGCAGCAAGACCAGGAUGGGCAGGAGGCCAGUGCUUGGUUGAAAGGGCAGGGAGUCGGGCUAGCAGAGGCAGUGGAGUGUGUGGAGCAGCUGUGCGCUGACCUGGACCUUGAGAGGGGCUUAGAAAGAACGUCAGCGCCAACCCAUGACCCGGACAGUCUCCCAGCUGCUGAACCCGCCAAUGACACACACAAUGACGCUCACAACGAGGAUCUCAGUAGGGACGUGCCAUGCCCCAUGCCCCUAGAGAACGCCGCGCUUUUGCAGCUGAGCAGCACAUCAGCCCUCAGGCCACCGCUGGAAGAGCGCCAGGAUGGGAAUGCCAGCCAGCAGGAACCGUCCACUGCAGGGAAGCAGCAGCCGCCCAAAAAGGCGCCCGCGGCAGUGCACAGCCCGAGCGCGAGCCACCGCACAGAGUUCCCUGUCGGCCUGGCAGGGAGCAGCCUGCCGGCUACGAGGCCUGCGACGCCAAAGGCUCCUUUCCAUGCAGCAGUGUCCACCCAGGAGCGCUCCUCAGCGUCGGGCCAGUGCAGGACACUGACAUCCCACACGCAGCGCCCGCGGCAGGCCCCGCCGCAGCAUGCCAGCCAGGAGGCCGCCAACAGCCCCGGCCGGCAGCCGCAGCACGCCGCGAGGCCUGCGCACACCCCCAGCCGGUUCAAGGGCGAGGCGCAUUCCGGCGGCGUUGCCUCCAGGCCUGCUGACUCCGCUGGCGCGGCCCUCGACCGAUGUGACGAGGCGCUCUCCCUGCCGCAUGAUACUGAAGUAGAGGCUACGGAGGAUGCGGCCGGUACUGCGGCGGAACAAGAACAGGCUUCCGGCUCGGGAGCGCCAGCUGCAGAUGCAGGGGAGUGGGGGGGUGUGGAGCCGAGUGCAGGAGAACAGCAAAGCGACUUGGGCGCUGCUGAUGGUUUGGGUCGGCAAAAGAAAGGGCGCCGAUCAGGAGCAGGUGCUUCUGAGCAGCAAGCAGUUGGAAGCACGCACAGCGACGGGUCUUGGGGUGUCGAGCAGAAGAGCCAGGGAAAGAAGCGGAAGCAGGCUUCUGCUCCUGUGGAACCCGCCAAAAAGCGGCCAGCCUCUUCUCAGGCAGACCUUACCGCAAAGCAGGAGCAACAGCUUCAGGCCAUCAAAGCCGAAGUUGCACCUGAUGUAAACCUACAGGUGUCCAGGACUGGCAGGGUGCGAGUGAAGCCGCUGGCGUUUUGGGCCAACCAGCGGCUGAGCCGGGACGCGCUCGCGAUCGACCAGGGAUUCAGCGACCAGCUGGCCCAGCAGUGUCAGAGCUUCGUCCAGCAGCCCAAGCCGCGCUCCAGCCCCACCAACGGCUCCGCUGCCGCCGCUAAGGCACCCAGCAGCGGCCACAGCAACCCUCCCUCGAGCCCCACCCCUAAAUCCGCCGCGCCGCAGAAGGGCAGGAAAAUGGUCGAGGGUGUGAGCAAGGGGCUGAAGCGGCCUGCAGUGCAACCCCCUGAGGCGGCCAGACCACCAAUCAAAAAGCCCAAACCUGUCAAUAGCGGCACAACCGGGAAGAAGCCAACAGGAGAAAAGGACGGUGGUGCAGAGGAGCCGCAAGCUGUGGAGUACUCGAGCAAAGACAAGCUUGCAGUCACAGGACAGCGGGGUCAGAAUCAGUCGCCUGCAGAGCCUGUCGCAGCUGCGGCUGUGUCGAACGAGCCCACCGAGGCAGUUGAGGAUCCCCCUGCAGCCUCGGGACCGUCCAAGGGGAGGACGCUGGGCAUCCAAGCACAGCUGGAGGCCCUGUCGCAGAGGCAGCAUGCAUCCCCAGCCGCAGACAAGGGCGUCGGUAAGGCAAAGGCGCAGCAGAAAGGUAAGCCCGGCAGCAAGCCAUCCGGCACAAGGGGCGGCCAAAGCAAGCAGCAGUCAUCCGGUAGCAGGGCAGCCACAGAGGAGGGCACUGCAGCGGGUACUGCUGCAGACAGCGGCGGCGGCAGGGAUGGUGGUGCGGCAGCGGCGGAAAAACAGCGGCCGGGGCUGCGCAGGCUGCGCAAGGCGACGGCGGCUGAGUCGCCCCGGGAAGACGCGGCUGAGCUGGCGGCGGCCGCGCGCGACCUGGAGGACUACGAGGACGAUGCGCAGGAGCUUUCUGCUGCCCAACUGCUGGCGCAGCGCUUCAGCCCCGCAGGGAAGGGCGAAGGGAAGAAGGCCAAGGCCACCAAAGCCAAGAGAGGGGACGCGGACGGCUCUUCGGGGGCUUGCGGGCUUGAUACGCCAGAUAGGCAGGGCGACACAUCGGCUGCCGCUACAGAGGUGGCCACGCCUGUGCGGGGCCCACAGGGCGAUGACGAAGAGGAGGAUGCUGAUGGCUGGACACAGACGCAGAGAGAUGCACUCCAGAGGGCGCAUGCAGAGGAGGAUCCGACAGGGAACGCCUUCUGGCAGCGAGUGGCGCAGCAGGUGCCGGGCAAGGACGCGCAGCAGUGCUUCUCCAAGUUCUGGGCCGGCAACCCCACCCCCGCGCCCUCGCGCGCAGCCGGGCCGCGCGCCUACCUCGACGCUGCCGCCGCUUCAUCCCCCCUCGCGCCCCCUGCACGCACCACUGCCGCAGGCAAUGCACGCAAGCUGCCUGCCGCUGCGACGCGCAAAUGGGCCAGGCAGGUGAGAUGGCAGGAGCGCGCGAGCCAGGAUGGCGCUGCAAGCGAGGCGGCUGCUGACGGCAACGCCGCCGACGGCAAGAGCCGACCGGCGCUCAACCCCCACCUUGUGGCUGCCAUGCAACGGGCCCAACGCACAGACAAGUACAUUGAUGCCAUCAUCAGGAAGCGAGGCAACCCGCAGCGCUGGCAGAGCGGCAGCAUGGCCAACGGCUCUGGGAGGAGCCAGGCAGAGUCAGCGCCAGCAGAGGUGUCCCGGCGUCCAGCUCUUGUGGACAGUACUGUGGCCGCCAUUGCCUCGAGUGCCCAGACGAUGCCAGAGUCCGACGACGAGUCUGAGCAAGAUGAGUAUUGGUCUGGUGACGAGAGCGAUGGAUAG